CCAAAAUCUGCUCAAAGAAAUUAAUUGAUAAUGUCUGGAAGAGGUAAAGGCGGUAAAGGUCUUGGAAAAGGAGGCGCCAAGCGUCAUCGCAAGGUUCUCCGCGAUAACAUCCAGGGGAUCACAAAGCCCGCUAUCCGCCGCCUGGCUCGCCGUGGUGGUGUGAAGCGUAUCUCUGGGCUCAUCUACGAGGAGACUCGUGGUGUGCUGAAGGUUUUCCUGGAGAACGUGAUCCGUGAUGCCGUCACCUACACCGAGCACGCCAAAAGAAAGACCGUCACUGCUAUGGAUGUGGUCUACGCCCUGAAACGCCAGGGUCGUACUCUGUACGGUUUUGGCGGUUAAAAAUGUUACCGUUUCAAUAAAUUUAACGGCUCUUUUAAGAGCCACCCACAGUUUCCACUUAAAUAGCGUGCUUCCAAUGUUUGAAAU